CGAAACAAUAGCGCUUAUCUUGCAGUAAUAACGGCGGUUGUCUGGAUAUGAUUUGUGGACUUCGUAGGAUUGGCUGGCUGGUUUUCUUGGUUUACGCUCCAUGUGCAUGUCGGUGGCAGCGGCUUGUUAACCAGCGCUUCAGUUACUGAAUUCAGUUAAACUCUUCGAAUUUCCCUGGCGAUCGUGUCUCGGUCGAUUGUUUCUGCACCCAGAAAGGAGAAUGUCGCAUUCCCAGUACAAGCUGACGUACUUCGAUGCCCGCGGUGUGGCGGAGACGACCCGUUUCAUUUUCGCCUACGCCGGCGUCCCUUUCGAAGAUGUCCGGAUUGCCAGAGAAGAUUGGCCGGCCAUGAAAGCCAGUACUCCCUUCGGCCAGUUGCCCCUCUUGGAAAUCGACGGCAAGAUGUUCGGCCAAAGUGCCGCGUUUGCUCGUCUGCUGGCCAAGCGGUACGGUCUCGCCGGGAAGGAUGAGUUCGAGCAGGCCCAGGUGGAUGCUAUCAUCGACUACCAGAAAGACAUCCAGGCCGCAAUGGCCAUCUGGUGGCGCGAGGAAGACAAGGAGAAGCAGGCGCGUCUGCGGGAGAAGUUUUUCGCCGAGGAUCUGCAGCAGCACCUGGUCAAUCUGCAGCGCCAACUGGCCGCCAGCCACAGCGAGGGCCACUUUUUCGCCGCCUCCGGACCCAGCUUCGCCGACUUUAGCAUCGCGUCAUUCUUCUUCACCAUCCAGAAGUUCUACCCCACUGUGUUAGACAACUUCCCGCAGUUGAAGGCGCACGGCGAGCGCGUCCAUAAUCUGCCCGGCAUCAAGGAGUGGGUGGACAAACGACCCAAGACCGAAAUGUAAACUGCUGUCUUUCAAUAAUUUCACCACAUUGUUUAUUUACACCCGACUGCCGCUGCAUAGUUUUUAUCAUUAGCGUCACAGUGGAUUUUAUCAGCCAUCAGAAAAUACAUUGCAUUGCUGGUUAUUAAUACAAAGUUUUCCCCAUUUAUUGCGAAGUAUUAUAAUACUGGGUUCUGA